ACGUUCAUUGUUGACUUUUCAGUGACUGGACCACUUUCUGAGCUUCAAAUUGCUUUCGUCUGCCGUGAAACACUUAAGGGUCUAGACUAUCUUCAUAAAAUGGGAAAGGUCCAUCGAGAUAUUAAAGGAGCGAACAUACUUCUGACACAUGGUGGUGAUGUGAAACUAGCGGACUUUGGUGUUGCCGCUCAAAUAACUGCAACAAUAGGGAAGCGGAAAUCUUUCAUAGGAACCCCCUAUUGGAUGGCUCCUGAGGUGGCGUGUGUUGAAAGGCGAGGUGGCUAUGGUGUUCAGUGUGAUGUGUGGGCAGUUGGGAUCACAGCUAUUGAGUUGGCAGAGUGCCAACCGCCAGCAUUCGAUCUUCAUCCAAUGCAGGUUCUUUAUCUGAUGACGAGAAGCAAUUAUAAGCCACCCCAUCUCAAGGAGAAGCAUCGGUGGUCACCGUUAUUUCAUGAUUUCGUUCGUCAGUGCCUCACUAAAAAUCCGAAAAAGCGACCAUCGCCUGACAAACUUCUAGCGGCACACCACUUCGUUUUGGGCUCUCUCAGUUCAAGAAUGACAAGAGAUCUUCUUGACAAAGUGAAUAACGGCUCUUCCGCUCGCCUUGUUCAACAGAGCAGCCACAGAGAGGAAGACAGGGAUAGUGGUGAAGAGGAUGAGGUAUGCAUCAGCUCCGAUAAUUUUUUACUGCUCAAUCAGCGUUCAUUCGCGACAAUGGCUUUUGUGUGA